CUUGAAAUCACCCUCCGCCCCCCUCACUCGCAAAAACAGGAAAAAGAAAAAAUAAAAUCAAUCCAUCACCUUCUUCGGCAGCGAUUCUCUCUCACUCCGCACUUGCAAACCCUCUGCCCACCAAAAGCCCCUCCCGCACGCACGAUGCCUCUCGCAAUUCACGCCAAGUCGGACUCGGAGGUGACGAGCAUGGACGCCUCCUCGUCGCCGCCGCGGUCUCCCCGCCGGCCUCUCUACUACGUCCAGAGCCCCUCCAACCACGACGCCGAGAAGAUGUCUUACGGCUCCAGCCCCGCGGGCUCCCCGACCCACCCUUACUACCACUGCUCCCCCAUCCACCACUCCCGCGAGUCCUCCACCUCCCGCUUCUCUGCCUCCCUUAAGAACACCAACCCCCGCCACCUGCACGGGGGCGCGUGGCGGAAGCUCCACCGCGGGCAGGAGAUCGAGGACGAGGACGAGGAGGACGAGGAGGGCCGCGGCUUCUCCUCGGGCUGGCACGGCGCGAGGCUCUACGUGUGCUUCGUCUUGCUGUUCGUCUCGCUCUUCACGGCGUUCUCGCUGAUUCUGUGGGGCGCCAGCAAGAGCUACAGGCCCGAGAUCGUCGUCAAGAACGUGGUGUUCGAGAGCUUCAACGUGCAAGCCGGGAACGACCCGAGCGGGGUGCCAACAGACAUGCUGACGCUGAAUUCGACGGUCAGGAUCGUGUACAGGAACCCCGCGACAUUCUUCGGCGUCCACGUCACCUCCUCCCCGCUCGAUCUCCACUACUUCCAGCUCAAGCUCGCCUCCGGACACAUGAAGAAGUUCUAUCAGUCAAGGAAGAGCCAGCGCACAGUGGUGUCGGUGGUGGCAGGAUAUCAGGUUCCUCUUUAUGGCGGGAUCCCAGUCCUCAGCAUGGCCAGGGAGCACCUUGAGAACGUGGCCGUGCCAUUGAACCUGACAUUCACGAUGAGGUCGAGGGCAUAUAUCUUGGGGAAGUUGGUGAAGUCCAAGUUUUAUAGGAGAAUCAGAUGUUCAGUCACCUUAAGAGGCAAGCAACUCGGCAACUGUCAGAAUUUGGCUGAUUUGUGUACUUAUCACUGAUGAUUUUGAUGUUUCAAUUGCUGAGAAAUAUACGGUCUUUUCGUUCGCAAGCAAAUUAGGAACAGAUUUUGCCUCUUCAGCUGCUAAAAGAGGAGUUAGCCUUGUAGAUUUUAUGCGGCCUAUCUGCAACGACAAUAUCGAUAGCGAUUCUUAUUUUCGAUGUUCUUACCACAAGUAUUUAUUUGGGACAAAUCGUACCAAAGAAGCUCAAUGUUAUCAUGCCAGCCAGCUAUUGUGCUUCAAAUGAUUCUUACUGUGAGUUGGAGCUAACAUUGUCUGCUUUUGAGAGA